AUGAAUAAAGCUGUUGUACUUGGAAUAGAUAUUAUUGAUCGGCAAGUAAUUAAUGAAGAACCACAUUCACGCACGUUAGUUAUUAUCCCUACAAAAAKGACAUUGUCAAAUUGGCCAUUUGCGUUAAUGGGUCCAAUAAGUGCAUUUGGUGUCAUUGAGUAUUCUAAAGUUAAUCAAGAUCGUCGGCAGCCUACAGAUAAAUCAUUUUAUUGA